UUCUCCUGGUUGUAGAUUUUUGUGGAUGGUGCUGACUUGACUCAAAACCAUCAAAUGGUAGCUCCCCAGAUAUGAUUCCACACACCCAAGUUUUGCUACUCAAAGAUGUAAUUGUGCCAUACACCCAUCUACUACCAAGAUCGCAUUUGUCAGAAGAGCAGAGAUGCCAUACGCUUCUUUAGUUCAAAGGGGGCUAAACAUAGGCAUCGGGUCAGUGGGAGGCAUAGCUGGAGAGAAAUUGUGGGACUCGUUGAUUAAUGAGCCGGGCGUUAUCAUGGAAGAAGGCUUCCCAAGUGCCACUAGGAGGGAGCAGCCAAUUAGAGGGAUGAGAUCAUCUGAGUUCGGCUUGCACCUAGCUGGAGACACCCCCACUUUAUGCCGACUUUUUGAAGCCAUUCAAAGUUUCUUUAUAUCUGUUAUUGUCAGUGAUAACAUUGAGCUUCCCGUUUGAAGGUAUGAUAGAUUAUACAGGGUUUUCAGUUUUUGUGGCGGUUAACGAUGCCUUAAAGCCAAAUUGGCUAUUGGAUCACCUCGGAACCUUUAAAAGAGCGGAAGGAUAAAUUUCGUCGAAAUAUGUCCUGCAUUCAACCUAUUUUUAGGAAGUCAAUGGGUAUCCGGUUGGCACUCGGCCAAUUCCUCUGGAUGGUGCUGUGAAUCACGUGGAAAAAGGUUCAGCAAAAAUUGCCAAUGAUUAAGGAAACCAUUGCUGGAGAGAAUAGAAAACCACAAGGUGUAUCAAUUCCACGUCGUUGUCAAUGUAUCUAGUAAGAUCACAAGUUCAAUUUCU